AUGUUGAUAACGAAUUCAAUUGUAUGGCCAUACAGAAACCUCGUUAAUCGACACUACCUCAAUAGGCCACUGGCUUCGACUGUAAUAUCAGCUUAUAUAAGACAGCGAGGUCACCCAAGCUGGACCUCUUUCUUUCUGCCAUACAAGUAAGCAUAUAAAGCCCUCUAAAAGUAGUGGUAGAUUUGUUCAAGACAACUUUUACGGAGAGAAACACUUCAAUUUCGAGGUUGACAGCACGAAUUACCAUAUACUGAGAAUUGGCUGUUAUCCCUACGUGAAGUAUCAUUGCACUCAAAGACCGUAUCAGGAUUUGACUGCUGAGAAUAGUCUCUACAAAAUUCUGACCGCUCUGAACUUAGGUAGGUAAAUCUGCGACAUUGGCUUCAAAUUUAGGUGUCCCGUGUUUAUUAUAUGGGAUAGCGGCAACAUUUUUAAUCAAACAUACUGACUACGUAACGCUAGAAGAUCAAAAGUCCAUCCCAAUUCACUUCCUCAUCUUAGAAACCCAUAAUUGA